AUGCUUCCUACCGUCUUAUCGACAGUUCCAAAAUGCUUGCUAUUUUUCAUAGCAGUCAUACUAUCACAGUAUAAAAUUGAGAGUAAAUCGUCAUCAUUGGAUGUAACAGAUCCAGAAACUUGGAAGAAGUUGGCAGUUGAGAGAUUUAGUAAAUUUGAACAAUCAUUAUAUUACUCAUCACUCAAACGACCAAAAAAUAUCAUCUUAUUUAUUGGUGAUGGUAUGAGCUUGAGCACUGUUACUGGAGCAAGAUAUUUAAAAGCGGAGAAGAUGAAUCUUUUAGGUGGUGAUGUACAGUUAGAAUGGGAAAACUGGCCUGUUGCAUCACUUGUCCGUACAUUGAACUCAGACAGACUGACAACAGAUUCAGGUUCUGCGGCAACUGCUUUUAUGUCAGGUGUAAAAGGACCAGAUGGCACUGUUGGUAUCACGGGAACAGUGAAGUGCUGUGAAUGUACUGAGUUAACAGAAGUGGAAAGAGCGAAAUCUUCUCUCAUGUAUGCCUCUAAAGCAGGAUUUUCCACUGGAAUAGUAACAACUACGAGGGUUACUCAUGCAACACCCGCAGCAGCAUAUGCCAAUAUGUUACAUCGAGAUUGGGAGUCAGUAGGCCCAUCAAACAAGCGCGGAUUCCACUGCACAGACGCUGCUGCACAACUACUGACGAACGCUUCUCACGUCAACGUUAUAAUGGGAGGAGGGGCAACCGAAUUCUAUGGCCAGUCGAGCACUCUAGCUUUUAACAAAAAAGGUAAACGCUCUGAUUCACGCAACCUCCUACAAGAAUGGAAAGAUAUGCAGACCAAAAUGAAUCGCAAGCAUGUUCUCUUACAUACAACCGAUGAGUUUAAACGAACUAGCUGGUCCUCAGUUGAUUACGUUCUAGGUUUGUUUGCUCCGAGUAACAUGGCUUAUCAACUUGAAAAUCAAGACCAGCCAAGUUUAGCAGACAUGACAGAAGCUGCUAUCAAAAUACUGUCUCGUAAUCCUAAAGGAUACCUUUUGUUAGUGGAAGGAGGUAGAAUUGAUCAUGGUCAUCAUGUUAAUCAGGCCAAAUAUGCGUUAACUGAAACUUUGGAGUUCGAAAAAGCCGUCGAGAAAGCAUUGUCACUUGUUAAUCAACAAGAAACAUUACUAGUAGUAACAGCUGACCAUUCUCACGUUUAUGGAGUGGUCGGCUAUCCGACAAGGGACACAAGUGUGCUAGAUGUGGAUAACACUGCAAAGGGAAAUGAUAAUAAAUCAUAUCUCAUAUCUUCCUAUUUCAAUGGACCAAGAGGUAUAUUGAAUGCACCUCGAUCGGAUCCGGCAACAGAAGAUAGAUUUGCAAGCAACUAUACUGCAGAAUCAUUAGUGAGACUCAGUUUUUCUACACACAGUGCUGAGGAUGUACCGAUUUAUGCUAAUGGACCUUACAGUGAACUAUUUCAUUCUUCAUUGGAUAACACAUUUAUUGCACAUGCAACCAUGUACUCGCUGUCAGUCAUACUAUCACAGUAUAAAAUUGAGAGUAAAUCGUCAUCAUUGGAUGUAACAGAUCCAGAAACUUGGAAGAAGUUGGCAGUUGAGAGAUUUAGUAAAUUUGAACAAUCAUUAUAUUACUCAUCACUCAAACGACCAAAAAAUAUCAUCUUAUUUAUUGGUGAUGGUAUGAGCUUGAGCACUGUUACUGGAGCAAGAUAUUUAAAAGCGGAGAAGAUGAAUCUUUUAGGUGGUGAUGUACAGUUAGAAUGGGAAAACUGGCCUGUUGCAUCACUUGUCCGUACAUUCAACUCAGACAGACUAACAACAGAUUCAGGUUCUGCGGCAACUGCUUUUAUGUCAGGUGUAAAAGGACCAGAUGGCACUGUUGGUAUCACGGGAACAGUGAAGUGCUGUGAAUGUACUGAGUUAACAGAAGUGGAAAGAGCGAAAUCUUCUCUCAUGUAUGCCUCUAAAGCAGGAUUUUCCACUGGAAUAGUUACAACUACGAGGGUUACUCAUGCAACACCCGCAGCAGCAUAUGCUAAUAUGUUACAUCGAUAUUGGGAGUCAGUAGGACCAUCAAACAAGCGUGGAUUCCACUGCGUAGACGCUGCUGCACAACUAUUAACAAACGCUUCUCACGUCAACGUCAUAAUGGGAGGAGGGGCAGCCGAAUUCUAUGGUCCGUCAGACAAUACCACUUUCAACAUGAAAGGUAAACGCUCUGAUUCACGCAACCUCCUACAAGAAUGGAAAGAUAUACAGACCGAAAUGAAUCGCAAGCAUGUUCUCUUACAUACAAACGAUGAGUUUAAACGAACCGACUGGUCUUCUGUUGACUACGUUUUGGGUUUGUUUGCUCCGAGUCAUUUGGCUUAUCAACUGGAAAACGAAGACCAACCAAGUUUAGCAGAAAUGACAGAAGCUGCUAUCAAAGUACUUUCUCGUAAUCCUAAAGGAUUUCUUUUGUUAGUGGAAGGAGGUAGAAUUGAUCAUGCUCAUCAUGUUAAUCAGGCCCAAUAUGCAUUAACUGAAACUUUGGAGCUCGAAAAAGCUGUCGAGAAAGCAUUGUCACUUGUUGAUCAACAAGAAACACUACUGCUAGUAACAGCUGACCAUUCUCAUUCAUAUGGAGUGGUCGGCUAUCCAACAAGAGACACAAGUGUGCUAGAUGUGGAUAAUACUGCAAAAGGAAAUGAUAAUAAAUCAUAUCUCAUAUCUUCCUAUUUCAAUGGACCAAGAGGUAUAUUGAAUGCACCUCGAUCGGAUCCGGCAACAGAAGAUAGAUUUGCAAGCAACUAUACUGCAGAAUCAUUAGUGAGACUCAGUUUUUCUACACACAGUGCUGAGGAUGUACCGAUUUAUGCUAAUGGACCUUACAGUGAACUAUUUCAUUCUUCAUUGGAUAACACAUUUAUUGCACAUGCAACCAUGUACUCGCUGUGUAUCGGACCAUACACGAAUCAGUCACAUUGUAACAAAGGAAACAAUGGAUCUCAACUCAGAGGACUUCAUCUGAAUAACUUUUGUUAUUUACUAUUUCUCAGUGUUAUUUUGUACACUUUCAUACAUUAG